GCUCGCGAUGCUGCGGCGGAAGCCGACGCGCUUGGAGCUGAAGCUGGACGACAUCGAGGAAUUCGAGAGCAUCAGGAAGGACCUCGAGAGCCGCAAAAAGCAGCGUGAAGAUGUGGAUGUAGUAGGAGCGAAUGAUGAAGGAGCUAUUGGACUGAGCAAUGACCACAAGAGCAGAGAACAAAUGAUAAAUGACCGAAUUGGUUACAAACCUCAGCCCAAACCCAACAACCGUUCCUCCCAGUUUGGAAGUUUUGAGUUCUAGAGACUAGAGUUCCAGACAGUUCGGUAUUGGACACUGAUGGGACAAUCACCCCAAGACAAUGCGAGUAGAGAUGUUGCUGGUGGGAAGCUCUAGCAAUGGCUGGGACUGGCCUCUGCAUGACAGUGAGUCUCCUGCUUCUACAGGGGAAAGUAUUACUUUUUCCAACAGGUUUUGGACAUGUUUUUAAUCUGACUUGUUACCCUCCCUCCAGCAACCCUCCCCUAGCUAGCUGUUUUGUUUUAAAUAAAUAUUUUUUUUUUUUAAACACAAGAAGUUCUUUUAUGUAUCAGAAAAGCGUAUGAGGCAGGUAAGGAUGAAUCAAAACUGUGAGCAGCAGAGUUGGAAUUGCUGAGAAUGUUGUUUUGGACCUCAUGGACAGGGAACAAAUAGGGAUCAAGUGAAGGUGCUGCCACCAUGAGAAACUACACCAAGGCCGAACUCCUGGAAUUGCAGAA